CCCUACCAGACAACCCGCGCCUUAGCAGCCAUGGCGACCGAGCUUACCGUCCAGAGCGAGCGCGCUUUCCAGAAGCAGCCUCACAUCUUCCAGAACACCAAGGCGCAGAGCGGCAAGAGCAAGCGCGUUGGCAAGGGUGGCCGUAGAUGGUACAAGGACGUUGGUCUGGGCUUCAAGACGCCCAAGACCGCCAUUGAGGGCUCCUACAUCGACAAGAAGUGCCCCUUCACUGGUCUCGUUUCCAUCCGUGGCCGUAUCCUCACCGGCACCGUCGUCUCCACCAAGAUGCACCGUACCCUGAUCAUCCGCCGCGAGUACCUCCACUUCGUCCCCAAGUACUCUCGUUACGAGAAGAGGCACAAGAACCUGGCUGCGCACGUCUCUCCCGCUUUCCGUGUUGAGGACGGCGACCAGGUCACCGUUGGCCAGUGCAGGCCUCUUUCCAAGACUGUCCGUUUCAACGUCCUCCGCGUGCUUCCCCGCACCGGCAAGGCCGUCAAGCAGUUCGCCAAGUUCUAAGCGGGUUUUACUGGGUUGCAAUUCUUCAUGGGACAUCGACGCUUGGGCUACGUGGAAAAGGGACAUGUAGCAUAAGCGUAGCAGAUCAAAAACUGUGCAUGACGCCGCGGUGUCAUUUUCUGGGCCGAGAUGCGAAGGGGAACAACGGGUGAUCUUCGUAGUCACGAGAAACACGUCUAGAAGCAAAUCUACCUGGUUCCGAUGCGUUGAAUAUGCACGCAGCGCUACAAGUUUAAAGUGCACCAGCUUCUUCCAGAUGUUACUGUCCAUAUACUUAUUGCAACAGUAUUCAGUGGAAGCGGAAGUAAACC